UGAUAUGUUGGCAACGGUAACGUUAGCUAGUUAUGUCAGCUAACGUUAACGUUAAUUGGCCAAGCUUACCUAGUAACGUGAGACACACGUUACACUUAUCAUGAUCCCGGUUUUAUCUAAAUUCAAACGUAUGUGUGCUAUAAUACACUACAUACGAAGUAUUCAAGCUAUGAAUAAAAUACUAACCUUAGGCCAUUGUUGAGAAUCAGCAGAGUCUAGAGAUGGCUUUCUUUGGACAAUGUGCUAGGCUAAUCAAAACAACAACUGCACUUUGCUAGCUAACUGGAUAUGUUUACACUUUAGCUGUUUACUCUUGCUUGUUUUAUAUUCCUUGCAUGAAAUACACAUUGACACCGCGCAUCGAAGUGUGCCUGAUAUUUUGGCAAAUGAUGGACCUUCACAAAAUCAUCCAAGAUGCCCUUUAUGAGUUCAUCCAGUCAUAUAUUCCUGAUGCAGAUUUAAGCACUUUAGAUGAAGUACUUUUAUCCUAUAUCACUGGUGUCCUAGAAGACUUGGGAUCUCAGGGAAGUGCUGAAGAGAACUUUGAUGUGGAAGAUUUUGUUGAAAUGUUGGAAGCUUACAUUCCUGGUUUUGCGGAAAUCGACAGUGUCAAAGUCUGUGAAAUGAUGUUCAGCUUGGCUGCAAAACUAGCCUCAGCUCGGGACACAGAAACCACUGAACCAAAGCAUGUGGAGAGCAACUGGAGUCUCACACAUAGUUCCUCUAACUCUGAGACGCCAGUGAGAGACACACACUUUAACUCAACAGAUGGAGCGACCGCCAAGAUUGCACAAGAUGACAGUUGUGAGUGGGACAGCCAGGAACAGUUGCUACUUGAGAUGUUCCCAAAGUGUAGUGUGACUGAAGCCAGAAGUGCCCUGUCCAUCGCUAAAGGAGACAUGGAGGAAGCAGUGAGACUCAUCAUUGAAGGAGAUGUCCAACUUAGUUCCAUACCUCUUGUUAAUGCUAAUCAUGGGAAACCUCAAUCAGCAAAAGCAGAUCAGAAGUUGAAAGAAAGCAUUUUAGAGAAAUACAUGAUGGUAGACAAUGAAGAAGAUAAGAAAACUCACAGGCCAGUCACUCCAAAAGAUGCUCCAAAGAAGCUGGUUCGUUAUCACGAUAAUCAAGUUGUGACAACAAAAGGAGAACGAUAUCACCAGGUCAAGAAAGAUGAAGCCGAUGACAUGAAAAGAACCUAUGUAAGUCUGAAGCCAGCACGAAAAUACAGAUUCCAUUAAAGAACACUGUGAAUGAAGACCAGUUCCAUUUGUGUGCUUUAUUUAGGCAUUUGUUGUCUUUUGCCAUUUUAAUAUGUAAACAUUAACCAUAUUGCAAUGAGUGUCUUUUUUUUGCAAACCUCAGCCAUUAAAAUCAUAUUUAUUCAAAUAUUGUUUUUUUGAAGCAUCUAGUUAAUGGAAAUAUGUUGACUUUUUUGUUUUUUAUUAUCAUUAUAACAAUGUACUGUAUCCCAGCAGAAACACAUCUUAAAGCAGUUAGUGUUACGUAAUGGUGGUUUCGGCUGCAUUGUCUUGUUUUCAAACCAAUUAUCAAGCCAGAUGUGUCUGUUCCUUCUAUAAAGUGUUGAAAGAUGAUUAAACUCAGACCACCUAUCCAUGAAUAAGGCUGUACACCGUAGCUGUUUAACAAAACUUGAACUAAUGUAUGCAUACUCCUGUUUUCCUUUCAGCAGGUCUGAUGUGUUAUUGUGUUAUUUGUAUAUAUACUUUUGUGAUACCAUUCACUUUUACCAAUUUUAGGAAUAGUAGAGAUUGACUUAAUGCCUGUUUGCAUGCAGUGGUUCCAUCAAUUUGGUAAACUACUGAAUGACGUGUCAUCAUCAUUGGACCAUGUUGCUGAAGAGCAAAAUUACAUUAAUUAUUUUGACGUUUUAGUGUUUUGAUAGCAGAUCAUCAUCUCCUCAACGUUUCAAAUGACUCGCUCUUUAUUUUUAUAUACAGAUAUAUAGAUUUGAAAAGUUUGCAAUGAACUACUCUCAAGGAUACUCUUUAAAAGUCCAUCUUUUGCACAAGGGCCUAGGGUAGAACUGUUGGAAAAUUAUGUAUUUUAAACAGCUGGCAACACUUUUUCAAAGUUCAUCAUGCAUAGUGUUUCAUAUUGUCUCAGUUCACUACACUGUUUUAUGUUUUUAUUUUAUUUUUUAUUUUUUAAAGUUUGGUUAUGUUUGUGUGUGUGACAUUGUAAAGCUUUUAUUUUGUUGUAUUAAAUACGGCAAGAUUUACUGAGGGGCUGAAGGUGGUGUUUUGAAACUGAUUUUUAAUUUGAUGGGUUCUAGUGUUUUGUCAUUUCACAUGUGUGAGUAUGAUACUCAUGCACAAGUGAAGCUGGCUCUUGCCUCUGUAACAUAAGACUGUUCUAAAUUGGUAUGUAGUGCAUACUUAACAUGUUCAAUAAAAUCAAAAUGUUGUUUACCUUGAA